AUGGAACCGAAAAAAAUCGCCGCGUGCACUCUAUUGUGGUUUUUCGCAUACCCCGUAAGAGAGAGAUUGUUAAAUUAAUUUUUUUUUUUUUCACUUUUUUUUGUCAUUAUUCUACGACCGUAUUUAUGCACUUAAUUUGCUUCGUUUGUUUUGUUUUUGUUUUUUUUUUUUUUUUAACGCUCCUUUAAUUUCCCGCAGGGAGUUUACGGUACGGACGAAAUCGAUAAAACCGACGACAUUUUGGAUCCCGUCGCGGACGCACAGUCUACCGCGGUAAAUUUUUACACGAUUUAAUAUUGCAACUAUAUCAUAAUAUCGUAUCAAAUUAUAAAACGUAAUGUCAAACGCACACCGGACAACUUCCGGGAAGGUUAGAUAGAAACGUCUUUCCGAGACCCUCCGACCGUCGUAGGAAGUUCCUGUUUCGGCCAUCGAUCGUCCGGGAAUGUGCGAAAGCAGUCCAUAUGUAAAUUACCCUGAAUUUUAGUGGUAGCCGUUUUGUUGUAAAUGUUUCAAGAUCGAAUUUUGACGAAAACCGUCUGUAUCAAAACACGUACAUCCGAACUUCGCUCAGAAUACGUAUCCCGUUAGCAUUCGGGUUUAUCGUUGCAUAUACCGAAGUAUAUGAACUAAAUUACCACCUGCCAAUGUACGAAUCACGUACAUUGGCCUAACAUUAUUUUACAUUGGAUAUAAAAUAAAUACAACUUUAUGUAUCCCACCAUCCUGACUACCCGCCUAUUUUGUAGAUUGAUUUUUGUUAAUAUCGGGAUUACCUUGACUGCGACAAGGGAAAUAAAUCACGUUUUUCGUUCGCAAUCAUUUAUCGUUGCAUGUUUCAGUAUGUAAAAUAAAUCACCACCUGCUACAAAUCACGUACAUUGGCCUAACCGCGAACAGUAUCAGUUUUUAUAAAAUUGUAAUGAAUUAUCUGUUUAUUGUUUACGAUCAAAAUAAUGUAUAAAAUACUCUGAUAAUAUAAUAUUGUAUAUUAGCUUGUACAUUUUAGAUGCGUUUUUUGUACGAUUUAUUUUCAACAAUGUGAAAAUUGACCGAGACGUACGGACAUAAUAUUUUUUUUUUUUACAUUUGUAUUUAUUUAGACAAACGCGGACGAUAAAAUUGGCCUCAACGUUGAAAUGACCGAAAAACCUUUGCCGAUUUCAAUUCUUGUGAGUACUUCUUGAAUAAUUAUUUCAAAUUUAAAAUUAUUGUAAUAUAACAUUUAGAUGACGCUGAACUGUUUCAAAAAAAAAAAAAAAAAAAACACACAAAUUAUUCAAAUAGUUUUUUUACUGGCUGUAAAAAAUCCAGCCUAACAUAAAAUAAUACGGUGUAUAGAAAUCGUACCAAAUAAAAUUAUUAUUAUUUUAAGAACGUACAACUAACAGGCGUGUUAUGCACUAUAACGCUGAAUUUUACCACGAACCAGCAAUUUUCUCAGAGGAUUUUAAACGGAUUUGAUUUAUGUUUUUUUCGAUCGUUAUGGAAUCGUCUGAGCUUUUAUUUUUAAACCGUUUUUAAUUUUUUUACCCCCACUCUAAGCACCUUCGAUAAGUAUGUACAGAGUUGAGCAUUGUUUAAGCACAAAUUUAUUUAGAUAAUUAUGUUUAAAUAAUAUAGUAUUCGGAUGAAUUUUUCAUAAUUAUUCGAAUGAUUUUCAUAAUAUUGUGCUCUAUACGAAAAUAAUGCUGGAGGCCAAAGAAGAUAUAUUUUAUAGUACAAAGCCAACUAUUGUUUUUAAUAUUUACGUAUUUUAAAUUACCAAACAACAUUUAAACAAAUAAAAUAAACGACAAUUAUUCCAGUAGUAAUGUUUGAAAACUAAUCGAAUAAAAAAUAAGUAGAAUAAUUGUAAAAAAAUCAUUCGAAUAAUUAUUUAAAGUAUAAUAUGGAGUACGGGUGGAAAAUUAAAAAUAGUUUUAAAAUAAAUCUCAAAAGAUUCCUACAUGAUGGAUUGAAAACAACAGAAAUAAAAUUCACUUGAAAUCCUACGGGACAAUCGCUGGUUCGUGAUAAAAUGAUCACUCUGUAUUAUAUAUUUGGUAUUUAGUCCACGCGGCUGUUUUAUCAAAUUAAUAUGUUGAUAUUUUCAUUGCGUGUACAUAGGAAAACAAUUAUAAAGAAAAAAUUGAAGCCGUGUCCAGCGAUUGCCUAUCCAAAACGCUAUGUCCAAUAUCCGUAAGUAUUAUACCUAACGUUAAAACGAUAAAAUCGCAAUAGGGACAAAACUACGUGUCUGCUAUGUUAACCCGGAAAUUAUGGGGACAUAAAAGUACUGUAUUGUUAUUACUGUACCAAAAUAAAACAAAUAUUCGGAUAUGACGUUUUACGUGUUUUCACUACAUACUUACCCGCCCACUCAGUGGGUACAGCGAACAGGUUUUUUUGGUUUUUUUUUUUCAUUUCAUCCUUGUUACUAUGGUAAAUCAAAAUUCAAAAACAGACCGAUUGAGAUUCGUUUAUCACGAACUAACAAUAAGUUUCAGUGAAAUUUAUUUUGGAAUUUUUUCUUGAAAUGUCAUUAACGAAAUUUCAUAAUUUGUUUCCAAACUUUUAUAAUAUUCUAAAACCGAUAUUAUAGUGUAAGGUAUUUUAUAAAAACUGAUCGAAUCGCCAUCACAAUUUUACCAUAAAACCCAUUUCGCCGUUUGUUUUAUCGACCAAAGGACGCUGUUAAUAAAAAAAAAAAAAAACAAACCAAUUUAAUAAUGUUAAAAUAAUCAUUUAUCUGCGGUUUCUGAUUCAGACAAUUCAGUCGCAUAGUUAAUUGAAUCUCGUCACUGUAUUCAACGUUCACAUCAGAACUAUUUUCUUUCGAAUGAGUAAGGAUUUAACUUUUUUGAGAAGUGUUGAAAUGUAGACAUUUUCUUCAACAUUUCAGAUCCGCAUACGUAAGAUUUAAAUUUCGCUUUCCAGAGGUGGAUGAACGUAUUAAAAUAAAAUCGCAAUUAAUCGUACGGCAAGAGUGACGACACGCCAAGUUGAUAUGAUUAAAAUUAUGAGAAAUUGUACCGCUACAUUAGCUGCGUUUUGCACUUUUUUUUAGUGACGCAGUUAGGUUAGGUAAAAUGCACAAAAUCCAACGAGACCAUAAUCGUUGAAACACUAUAUCACGUGUAUCCAGUAUCGAUAUUGUCGUCGAGAAUUACCUCGGUAUAAUUGUUAAUGGAGUUGAUUGACGAUUUUAUGGAAAAUAGUUUUUCAAAUCAUAAUUCCGUAAAUAAAUAUGGGGUUGAACCAUUUAGGCGCCGAAAUUCAAUUUUUUAAUCGUUUAUUUAACGUAAAUGCACAAUCUGUACAAGUGAGUGCAAUGAGUAAAUGAGUGGAAUGCAAAAUGAGGCGGUGAAAAGAAAACGACGAAUAGGAAUUAUGCAGCGUUAGAAACGGCUAAAUUUAAUUUCAUAGUUAGUAUUUGGCGUCUGCUCCUGGAAAAAAAAAUCAUUUAUUAAAUGAUACGAUAUGCGGUUUUGGCAAGGACGAUGUUAUAACGGCCGGUAUACAUUUAAUUUUGUGUACAAUUGCAUAGGGUUUAGUCGUCCCCAACGAACUGUCGUCCGUUGUCGGGUCAUACGACCAAUUGAUCGGUCUACUGCAUUCGCCCAAACUCUUGGCCACCCUUUCGACAGCCCAAAUCCACUCCAUCAUAUCCGUGCUGACGUCGUCGCCGGGUCUAUUGACCGUUCUGCCCGUGUCGGCCCUCGUAAACGUGCUGUCCGCACUGUGUUCAUCGCGGGAAAUUUUGGCCGCGCUGCCCAAGCACAGGCUGUACGCGCUGUUGAUGGUUUUCACCGUCAGACCGAAUUUGCUGAGCUCCCUGCCCACGGCUCUUCUGGUACAGUUAGCGGCCGGUCUGCUGUCGCUGUCGCCAGGCGUGCUAUACGACGUGCCCGCUUCCGUGCUGGAAAAGUUCUUGGGCUCGGCGUGCACGCCGGACGUGCUCGGCUCGCUCACCGUGCCCCAGCUCGUCAAUCUUCUGACGCUGCUGUCCCUGUCCGUCCCCCUGGUCAAAGGCUUGCCGGUCGUCGCCUUUGUCGCGCUCGUCGAUUUCCUGGGCUUGAAACCCACCGUGCUCGGCGUGUUGCCGCCGACCACGCUUUUCGCUCUCCUCCGCGGGCUUUUCGAAACCGUUUCCGAGUCGUCGCUGUACUUGCUGAACGGUUCGACGGUCGCCGCGGUCGUCAAACUGUUCGCCGUGCUGCUCACGCCCCAAAUCCUGAACGUCCUGCCCCUGAAAACGUUCGACACCCUGCUCGCCAUAUUUUGGUCUUCGCCGUCCCUGUUGGCCGCCCUGCCCACAGCGAACGUCGUAUCGUUGCUGUCGGCCGUAGCGUCUUCGCCCAACAUAUUGGUGGCCGUGAACGCGUGCUAUCUGCAGAGUCUGCUGGUCACGAUAGCGUCGGAUCCGAUUUUGCUCAAGGCCGUGCCGAGGCGACUGAUCGUCGAGCUGAUCAACGCUAUGGUCACGUAUUUACCGAAAUGCGUCCGUUCCAUACCGAAACCGACACUGUGCACAUUGUUAGGCACGGAUGUGUAG